GACCUGCGGGUGCAGGAGGGCCAAUAUCCCAGCGAUGAAACGCCACUGGAGACCGCAUGGACCUUCUGGUACGACAAGAAGACCAGCGAUCGCAAGGAAAGCGAGCAGUACAUGGAAGGUCUGAAGCAGUUGGGCAGCUUCAACACCAUUGAGGGCUUCUAUCGGCACUACAGCUACUUGCUGCGGCCCUCAGAGGUUCCAAGGGAUCACAAUGUGCUUCUCUUCCGCAAGGGAUACAGACCCAUGUGGGAGGAAUUCCCGGAGGGUGGGUGCUGGAUCAUCCGUAUCAAGCGGAAGGCUUCACAGAACUAUGUGAAUCGCAUGUGGGAGAACCUCCUUUUGGCCUUCAUCGGAGAGGAAUUCGAGCUGCCAGACGUGGUGGGCUGCGUGCUCUCCACCCGCCUCAAGGACGAUGUGCUGUCGGUCUGGAAUCUGACCAACAGGGACAAUUCCGCACGCUUCCGUAUUGGCGAGAAGUUGAAGGAGGCCAGAAUCUAG